GAGCUGCUCGCUUCUCCACCGGUAGAUUAAAUUGCCAGAUUCUUUUCAAAAUACACAAUUAUUUUAUCUUUUGAUCAAACUGUGUAAUAUACUAAUAAUUUUGUUGCUGUCCUUAGCCGACCAGAUGUGUCAUUUCAACCGAUUAAUGAAUGAAACCAAAAAAGAGAGAAUAAAAUACACUAGAAUCAAAUUUCUAUAAAUCAUGUAUAGUGUUAGGUACUAAUUCUUUUAUUCAUUGCCACUAACUGAUCAUCUUCUUUGUCUUUCCAAAUUUCCCACGUAGAAAAUGUUUGUGUAUGAAAACUAGUAAUUCUUUUUUCUUACAGUCAAAUUAUCCGUUCUUCAUUUUUUAUUUUGUUUUGUAUGGUGUUUGUGUGUUCUAACUUUUGAGUCAACCAUGGUGGGAGCAAAUUUUUUACUCCUGCUCCUCGUUCCAACUGCAUUUAAUUCAGCUGCUGUUUUGACCCUUCAACACGCCAAAGCUAUUUUCGUUGUUGAAAAAAAGUAACAAGAUACCACUUAUAAAUUUCCAAUCAUGUCAAGAAUAACCAGCAUUUCAUACAGAUCUUUUUUGUUGUGGUUGUGGUUUUGAUUUUGGAUAUUGCAGUAAAACAUAAAAGUAGAAGGAUCAAAGAAGGUACGAGGGAAAGAGGGUGGCUUGCCUUUCUUGAAUCUUGACCCCAUUGAACUUUCUCUUUUCUAAAUUAAAAGUGGAAUCUUUAUCUCUCUCUCUCUCUCUCUCUCUUCUUUAACUAACCAAUUGAUAAAAAAAUUGCACUAGUAUAUCCAUGUGAGGAUUGUUUUAGCGAUAAGUUUAUUCUUGGAAAUCUUUUCCUGUGUUUUCUUUGAGAAGAAGAAGAAGAAAUGGCUCUGGUUACUCAAGAAGCCAUCAACCAAUUUGAAGCAUUAAUGGAGGAAGUGGACGAACCACUCAAAAAAACUUUCCAGAAUGUACAUCAAGGAUAUCCUCAUGAAACGUUUACUCGUUUUCUGAAGGCGCGAGAAGGGAAUGCUCAAAAGGCUCAUAAGAUGUUGGUUGACUGCUUGGAGUGGAGAGUUCAAAAUGACAUUGAUAAUAUGCUAGCGAAACCAAUUGUUCCCGAGGAACUUUACAGAGGGAUACGUGAUUCUCAGCUUGUAGGAUUGUCGGGUUACUCAAAUGAGGGUCUCCCUGUAUUCGCUGUUGGAGUAGGCCUGAGCACAUUCGACCGAGCAUCCGUUCAUUAUUAUGUGCAAUCCCACAUUCAGAUUAAUGAAUACAGGGAUCGUGUGAUUUUGCCUGCUGCGACGAAAAAGUAUGGGAAGCAUAUCAGUAAAUGCGUAAAGAUCUUAGAUAUGACUGGCUUGAAACUCUCGGCACUAAACCAAAUAAAGCUCCUGACUAUAAUUUCUUCUAUUGACGAUCUAAACUACCCCGAAAAAACACAAACUUAUUACAUUGUGAAUGCGCCAUACGUCUUUUCGGCAUGUUGGAAGGUAGUAAAGCCACUUCUUCAGGAAAGAACAAGGAGUAAAAUAGAUGUACUCUCGAGCUGUGGACAGGAUGAUCUACUUAAGAUAAUGGAUUAUUCUUCCCUUCCCCAUUUCUGCCGGAAGAGAUCUUCUGAUUCUUCGAAAUAUUCAGAGAGUAGCUCCGGAAAUUGCUUUUCCUUGGACCAUCCAUUUCACCGACAACUCUACAAUUACGUUAAGCAGCAGUUCUUGCUCUGUCAACCUGCCCCACCAGUAAAGCAAGGGUCCGUUCAUGUAACUUUGCCUGAAGACGCUGAUAAAGAAGUCAUUGCAGAGACUUUGGAAUCCGAGUUAAAGAAAUUCAAGGAUCUCAACAUUGCUCAAGGACCUAAAAAUGAGUAAUUACAAGCUUGCAGAGAUAUCUUGGUUUAGAAUUCUACCUAGCCACCCUAUAGCUAUAGAUUGUUAUGUAAUUUCAUGUAGCUCGCCAAAAAUACGUAGUUGAAGCUGUGUGCACAAUGCCCGGCCACAGGCGAAGUCAUGUGCAGAUGCCGGCUUCUCUAUAUCAUCAAGUAUGUCCUAAUCUUGCAUCCGUUUAACAUGAGUUGUAAAGAAAAUAUACAAAUUUCAUAUAUAUAUAUAUAUAUUCUGGUACUGUUUCCCUACAA